UGAUUUUAGCAGAAUGUUCAUUUUCUUCGCAAGUUCCUCCAUGACUCUUUUUAAUGCUUUAUUUACAAAAAUAAAAAUAAAAAAAUUAAAGCAACAUUUAAAUAAAUUACUCACUCUCACUGUUCUAUAUAAAUACCCCCACUACUCACAACAAUCUCAUCUCAUAUUUGCUUUCCACAGCUCUCCUAAUAUUCUUGAUAAGCUUCUAAUAGGAGAAAAAAAAAGAUCAAUGGCUUCCCAUAUUGUUUUGAAAAUUUUUCUUGUUAUUUCUUUCUUUAAUGUGUGUUUUGCUUCAAGAAAACUCACAGCUUUAGUCCAAGACCCACAAAUGCAACUCUUGAAGUACCACAAAGGUGCACUUCUUUCAGGCAAAAUUAAUGUUAAUCUGAUUUGGUAUGGCAAAUUCAAGCCAUCCCAAAGAGCUAUUGUAUCCGAUUUCAUCACUUCCCUUUCUACUUCAACUCCAUCUAAUGCCCAUCCUUCUGUUGCCCAAUGGUGGAAAACUACUGAAAAAUACUACCAUCUUGCUAAUUCUAAGAACACCCUUUCUCUAUCUUUGGGCAAACAAGUGCUCCUAGAAAAUUAUUCCCUAGGAAAAUCAUUGACUCAGAGACAAAUUGUUCAAUUGGCAUCAAAGGGUGAACAAAGAAAUGCUAUAAACGUCGUAUUGACCGCCUCUGAUGUUGCUGUUGAUGGGUUCUGUGUCAAUCGAUGUGGAACUCAUGGGUCUUCUAAAGGUGCUAUUAUUAAGGGUAAGACUUAUAAAUUUGCUUAUAUUUGGGUUGGUAACUCUGAAACUUUAUGUCCUGGCUACUGUGCCUGGCCAUUCCACCAGCCUAUUUACGGACCACAAAGCCCGCCAUUGGGUGCACCAAACAACGAUGUGGGUGUUGAUGGUAUGGUGAUCAAUUUGGCUAGCUUAUUAGCUGGAACAGCAACGAACCCUUUUGGAAAUGGUUAUUACCAGGGCGAAGCAGAUGCCCCGUUGGAGGCUGCCUCUGCUUGCCCCGGUGUCUAUGCUAAGGGUGCUUACCCAGGCUACGCUGGAGAUUUAUUGGUGGACAAGACAACGGGUGCAAGCUACAAUGCACAUGGUAGAAAUGGAAGGAAGUACUUGGUUCCGGCUUUAUUUGAUCCUUCUACAUCUUCAUGUUCAACUCUAGUCUAGUCCAGAAAAUAAAUGGCAGUAGUGAAGUAGUGUGUGUUUUGUUUUACCAGUUGUACACGAAGAAGAAGCUAAUGUAGUAUAGUGGUGAAUACUGUAAUUUUUGAUUCAUUCAUUUGUUUUGAGGUUGAAAAUUAGAGAGCAAAUUGCUUCGGUUUGCUUUCAUGAA